AUCAAAGAAGAGGUCAUUCAUAUGAUUCCAAGCAGCGGGCCGGACGAGCAAAUGAAUCAAACAGAACUUUCUAGUACCUCGGGUGAAAACGCCGAGUUCGUCUCCAUAGCGUUGAAUCCGCAAAUCUCAAGUCAGCUACAGAAACACCCCAAUUCUGUCCUCCAAGAUGAACCGAAUGACAAUGAUUUCGAGGUUGCAGCUAUUGCGAAACAAGAACUGCAAGAAGUUAUAAAGGAAUUUGAGAAGGACGUAAGACACUCGAAAAGUCAUCAAUUUGUAUUUUCCAACGGCGCAUCAAAAACCAAGGUGAUCCAAGUGCUCCAAGAGGCCGUCGGGAAGGAGAUGGAAACCCUAAAAUCCUCGGUGGAUAGCCUGGAAGCGGAGUGGAAGGAAAGCCAUGGCUUGGUUUACGAUGCUUUCAAGAAGAUUUGUCGUACUCUUGAUGAUCACAAGAGUAUCUUGAAAGUGUUUCCCUCACAGAACAACUAUGCAUCGCCUUUGGUCGGUAGCAUAACCAUUAUAAUACAAGCUGCUAAGUUGCACAGCGAAAUUGCCCUCAAUCUCUCCAAAUCUGUAGCCGAGAUAUCGGAGAAGGUCGCCACCUGUUCUGUGAUCAUCAGCAUUAUUCGCACGUCGGGGACGAAGAGGAAAUUAGCCAAUAUUUACGCACGCAUGUUCCGAUUCUAUCGAGACACGUUGAAAUGGUACCUACAGUCUAGAUUUCAACGAUUCAAACGCAGCUUCAACGAGAAUCUGCUCAAAAGUUUUGAAGAAGCGAAGAAAGAUGUCGAAGAUAGUAUAGUUGAACUUUAUCGCGAAGCUUCGGUCGCGAAUAUUGCCAUGGUCGCAAUGAUACAGCGCAAGUUCAGUGCUCUAGAGACCGAACUGUCUAGGCAAAGACAAUGUUAUGAGGCAAGAGAUACUUUGGCAGGCAAGAGGUUGGAGAAGAUGAUGGAAACAACGUGGGCAAGGCUGGAUCUGAUCGAAAACAUGAUAGAGUUGGCGAGCCUCAAACAUCAUGUACCGAAGUUGCUUGCUGGUCGGGAGGCUAUCGAGGCUUCCCCACACAACCCAACGGAUCAAAACCAUUGUCAUGGGCUUAGCGCAUUCAUACUUGACGAACAAGUACCGCCAAUUCUCAGCAAGCAAACCCCAUGGGCCAUCGAAAAUGAUGUCAUUCACAAAAUCCAGAAAUGGCUCAACGAAGAGAAGGUGUCGAAAACGAUGUGGAUAUCGAGCACUCACAGUGAUAAUACUGGAGUAUCGAGCGCCUCCGCUGCUUUAUAUGCAGUAGUCGCUGCUGCAUGGCAAGCUGAGACUCCAGUACUGACUGGCUUCUGCAAAAGAGUACAUCCCUGCCAGCGACGCCCGGGCAUGACUCCCGAGCAGGUCGGUUUAAUCAGUCUGAUAUAUAGUCUGAUUCGACAACUUCUACAGUUCAACCGAUCAGGUGACAAUCUCAUGAUCGAUGAGAAGGAUUUGGAUGCUCUGAACGGAGAAGCGUCAUCGUGGGACGCUGCUAUAAAGAUCGUACGAGUAUUAUUGCAGGAUACGCCUAUCGUAACAUUUUGUGCAAUUGAGAACCUGAACAAUUUGGAGUUCGGCAAUGGCAGAAACUGGUGUAACCAGUUGGUAGAAGUGUUGAAAAAGCGGCAACUGGAAUCAGGCUCGUCAUUCAACAUUCUGUUCUCUACCUCGGGACAGUCAUUUGUUCUUUCUCAAUAUAUCACGGCGAGGGAACGAUAUGCGGCCCCAAAAACAGCUAAAGAUCCAGGAAAUAUCGGAAGAGGUGCAUCCAUCCAGCUAUGA